AUGGAUAACACAAAACGUUCCGGACGAGGAGAGCGUGGAGAGCGAGUAAAUGGUCAGAGCAAACUCACAGGUACUAAACUCACCAGACGUCGUGUACCUCUAUCAUGUCAAGCUUGUAGGGUAAGAAAGCUAAAAUGCAACAGAGAAAAACCAUGUCAAAAUUGUGUAGUAAGGGGAGAUAUAGCCAUCACUACUUGCUCAUACGCUGAGAAGAAUGACGCUCGUUUACCGGGGCUUUCUACUGUUCAACCGGAACAGGAAGACAUGAGAGCACGAAUUAAUCGAUUGGAAAACUCAAUUCUAUCUGUAAUUUCUAAGGAGAAAAAGAAAACCAUCCCUCCUCUCUCUCCAAGUCUCGGAGAGAAUAAUGAUGAUCACGUCGGUCAAGCAGGUGGUCAAAAAUCUUCUGUCGAUACAAGGAGUACACAUUGGGAUUCGAUUCUCAACGAUCUCGGAGCAAUGAAAGAUGCAUGGAUUGAUGACCACGAUCAAUUCGAGACAUCAUUGCCACCAGCAACAGCUUCUUAUCGACCAAGUCUAUUAGGGAGUCUUACUGAACCACCUGAUCGUGCAACGAUACUUGCAUCUUUGCCUUCCAGGAAAGAGGCAGAUAAGCUUAUGGAACGAUUCUUUGAAAGUUAUAACCCUUCCAUACCAGCGUGUUAUUUGUUCCACAAAACAACCUAUAUGAAGCAGAUUGAAAGUUUCUGGGAAGAACCUCAUAAAGCUCGAAUCAUUUGGAUUGGUCUAUACUUCUCAACAAUGUGUUUGGCCCUGCAAUCCUAUGCCCGUAACAAUGACAUACCUCCUGAAUAUCAAGAUACAUUAGCGACAGUCAUAGAACUUUAUCGUAUCCGCACCGCCCAAUGUCUAAUAAUAGCUGAUGUCACAAGACCUGUUUACUUGAUGAUAGAGACAAUGCUAUGUUACGCUUUCAUUGAGUAUGCGUAUGAACGAGAUGGUGAUAUGGGUACUUGGCUUUUAUCCGGGAAUAUCAUGCGUCUAGCGCUGCAACAGGGAUACCAUCGUGAUCCAGAUCAGCAUUCUGGUCUCAGUGUGUAUGAGGGUGAAAUGCGACGCCGUGUUUGGCUGAUUGUUACACAGCAUGAGUUACUUUUCUCCGUUCAAAUCGGACUUCCAAAAUCCAUCAAAUUCGCCGAAUGCGAUACCAAAGAACCCCGCAACCUGUGUGUAGAAGAGCUUUCCGAAGACAUGACCAUUCUCCCCCCAUCCAGACCUGAUACUGAAAGCACACAAAAUUGUUACCAACGCGUCCAAUCUCGGAUUAUGCGUGCCUACGGCUAUGUCAUUGAAUUCCUUCACAUCGUCGAACCCCAACCAUAUACCGAAGUAAUCAAACUAGACGAAAUGCUGAAGAAAUACCAUGAUCAAAUUCCCCCGCAUCUCCAACUCGGUACUUUUUCUCAAAUGGCUCACGACACCCCAUCCACUGUUGCCGAAAAAUUCUUCCUCCAAAAUUUUUACUACAAAGCUACACUUCUUCUUCAUCGCAAAUAUUGGAAUGCCACACUACCCGGAAACCCAGAUGAAUUUCGUUGGUUUUCAAGACGUAUGUGUGUACUAUCCUCCAUGGCUCUUCUAAACAUCCAAGUCAGCAUGCACGAAGCGAGUCAACCGGGUGCAAUACUAAAGGACUUAAGAUGGUGGCAUUUUUCCAUGACAAAUCAUGAUUUCUUACUCGCAGCUAUGAUUAUGUGUUUAGAUUUGAAUACGAAUCAAAGAACGGACCCAAGGAGUGGGGGCAUGAGUUAUUGUGCUGUUGCUGAAAAGAAAAAGUUGGAGGCGUUGAUCAUGGCGAGAGAUAUUUGGAGGGAGGUUGAGGGGAAGUGUAAGGAUGCUAAAAGGGCAGUUGAUAUCUUAGACAGUUUGAUCAAGAGGUUGACGGUAAAGGUACAGAACAAUGUUGUGUUGAAUGUAAAUCCGGAUUGUGUUAAACAACCUCCUAUUGUUACGACUACGAAUCUGGCGAAUGCGGAAGUGCUUGAUAAUUCGGUACCAAUAUAUACAGAUAUCUCUGUGCCGACAAUGUUUACAAACCAAGACGCCAGCUUCAAUGAUAUAAGUAUGAUUCCGGAAAAUAUGUUCGAUACAGGAGGAAUUUUUGGAACCUUUGGGGAACAAGUCGAUGUACCGGGAGAUUUUGAUUGGGAUGCAUGGGAUCAAAUUACUAUAGGUCCGCAUGCUUUAGCACAAGAAAGGAAUUUGUAA